AGGAGAGGAGGGGGUGCGGGUGCGGGGGGGUGGUGGUGGUGGUGGUGGUGGAGGGGACAGCGUUCGAACAUGUCCUGCACUGUGGUGAUGUGCACUUGCUCGUCGGCUGCACGGUUUAUCCGCUCGUCCAUUGCCGGCUCGGGUUUAGGGUAUGUAUCAGUACGUCUCAAUUCUCCUCUGUUAGGAAGUAUAAUGAGUUUUGAAUUACACGGAGCAAGAAAAGUUCCUACCAGAGCAUUUUCUGAAACCAUUGCAGUGCUGGCUUCAAAAGAUGGUGGAACCAAAGAUAUUUCCGGAGAUAGCAAUAAGAAGUCCAUCAGUGACGGGGGCAGCAAACGAUCAUCGGGAUCCGGUGGUUCUGGAAAAGGUGGAAACCAGCUGCGCUGCCCAAAGUGCGGGGAUCCAUGCACUCAUGUAGAAACGUUUGUUUCUUCAACUCGCUUUGUGAAAUGUGAAAAAUGCCACCACUUUUUUGUAGUGUUGUCUGAGGCAGACUCCAAGAAAAGCUUAAACAAAGAGCCUGAAUCGGCAGCAGAAGCCGUGAAACUAGCUUUCCAGCAAAAACCACCACCACCACCCAAAAAGAUAUACAGUUACCUUGACAAGUAUGUAGUGGGCCAAUCGUAUGCCAAGAAGGUGCUCUCAGUUGCUGUGUACAACCAUUACAAGCGGAUCUACAACAAUAUUCCAACUGCUCUGAGGCAACAAACCGAAAUAGAAAAGCAAGCCUCACUGACACCUCGAGAGUUAGAAAUCCGAAGACGGGAGGAUGAGUACAGAUUUACAAAACUACUUCAGAUUGCAGGCAUCAGCCCACACGGUAAUGCACUCGGAGCUUCGAUGCAGCAACAGGCAAGUCAGUCUGUCCCUCAGGAGAAACGGGGAGGAGAUGUGCUGGACUCCAUUCACGAUGACAUUAAACUGGAAAAAAGCAAUAUCCUGCUGCUAGGUCCAACAGGAUCAGGUAAAACUUUGUUAGCCCAGACUCUUGCCAGGUGCCUAGAGGUUCCCUUUGCCAUCUGUGAUUGUACCACCCUGACCCAAGCUGGCUACGUGGGUGAAGACAUUGAAUCGGUCAUUGCUAAACUGCUGCAAGAUUCCAAUUACAAUGUGAUAGCACAACAAGGAAUCGUGUUCUUGGAUGAAGUGGAUAAGAUUGGCAGUGUGCCUGGCAUUCACCAGCUACGUGAUGUAGGGGGUGAGGGAGUUCAGCAGGGUCUGUUGAAACUACUUGAGGGUACAAUUGUAAACGUCCCAGAGAAGAAUUCAAGAAAAUUGAGAGGUGAGACGGUUCAAGUGGAUACCACCAAUAUUUUGUUUGUGGCAUCUGGUGCUUUCAAUGGUCUGGACAGGAUUAUCAGCAGAAGGAAGAAUGAAAAGUACCUUGGGUUUGGAACACCCUCAAACCUUGGCAAAGGGAGGAGGGCAGCGGCAGCAGCAGAUUUAGCCAACACGAGUGGCGACAACAACACUGUACAGGAGUUGGAGGAAAAGGACCGAUUGCUUCGCCAUGUAGAAGCCCGGGACCUGAUUGAGUUUGGAAUGAUCCCAGAAUUUGUCGGUCGUCUGCCUGUGGUGGUCCCACUGCACAGUCUAGACGAGGAGACCCUGGUGCGGAUUCUAACAGAACCUCGCAAUGCUGUUGUCCCCCAAUACCAGGCUUUAUUUAGUAUGGACAAGUGUGACCUGAUCGUAAGUGAGGGUGCUUUGAGAGCUAUAGCUCGACUGGCUCUGGAGAGAAAGACUGGCGCCCGAGGCCUUAGAUCGAUUAUGGAACAAUUGCUGCUGGAGCCAAUGUUUGAAGUGCCAAAUUCCGACAUUGUAGCUGUGGAAGUUGAGAAAGAUGUGGUGGAAGGGAAGAAACCUCCAGCGUACAUAAGGACACCCCCUAAGGAAGCUGCUGAGGAAGAGUAUGAUUCAGGAGUGGAAGACGAUAGAUGGCAUCGCCAAGCUGACGCAGCCAACAAUUAAACGACAGCAAAUAUGGAAAAGCUUGUACAAUAAUGGAUCUCCUACAACUUUGCAACUUUUUUUUUAUUCUAUUUAAUUUUAAAGUGCGAAUCACCCUUUGUUCUCACCAGAGAGUUCCUGUUCGAAGGGAGAGGCUUUUUUUGGUAAGAGGAAAGAGUUCGAAAGCACUUUCUCACCCCUCCCUUCCGCCCUACACCUUCCAACAUGGUCACCAGUCUAAUCAAUCUGAUCAUGUAUUUCUUUGUAAAAUAGUAAAUUUUUGUACAGUGGUCAUUAUGCUGUCUUAAAAUUUUACUGGUAAACAUUCACAAAUGUGUUUAUCGCAUGUUACCAUUUUUAAUAGCUACUUCCUAUCGUGACUAUUCAGGAACAAUCGCAGCAACUAGUGCAGAAGGAAGGAUCUUAAGGAUUUUCUGAAUAUCUCCUUUAGAUUUCUCGGCUACAUCUGUGUACUCUUCUUUGAGCUAGAUGUGCAGUGGUAAUAUUACAAAGCUUUAGUUUCAUUUAACAUAUUUGCGUUCAUGAUUUAGGAACCAAUUUGAGAGAAAAGGAUCACAGUGCUUGUAAUUAAGGAAAUAUAAACAAUUUUACUAACUGCAGAAGGAGGAAUUGAGGGGAUUUCGGCUUCAGCUCUUUACCACAAUACUUGGACAUGAUUUGGCUUCAUUCUGCUUGCACUAAGCUGUUUUGUAACAUUUGUUUAGAUACUACUUAAUAUUAAGCACAAGUAGAUCUGCACCAUAUAUUUUGUAUUUUUUUUUCUUUUACGCUUCUUUGAAAGGUCUAAAAGCGAAAGUCAUUUUAUGUCUUGCCGACCAGUAAUGGGAUUGACCAAUCCUUUAGAAACAGACUUUAUUGGAACACUAAAGGAUUUGAAGAAGAAUUAUUGUAAAUCUCUGGUUGUAUAAAUAAAAUGUACAAAUAAAAAAAACAUCUAAACUG